UGAUGAGACUGAAAAAAGUAUUGUUUUACCAUUGAUUUAGGUAAAUUUAUAACUUCAAUCAAUUCUAUUGUGUCAGCUCUUGAAAAUAUCAAACAAGAUUAUAUUAGGAUAGAUGACUAAAUCAAUGCUUUAACUGAUGAUAAUAAUUAAUAAUAUAUGAGUAGAGCCAAAAGUUACUUUGAGAAAAGUAUACAUCUUUUGAUAUAAAUUUUAGGUGAAUAAUUAUUAAGAGAGGGACAAUUUAAAGAAGCAUUAUCAGCCUUAAACGAAUCAUUAUCGAUGGGUUAUAAUCAUGACUUUGUCUAUAAUUUGAAAGGUAUAUUUGGAAUAAUUAUAAAUUUCAAAGGGCUUAUAUUAUAGAAUCUAAAUAAAUUGGAUGAAGCAAUAGAUUGCUUUGACUUAGCCCGAAAUAUCAACCCAAAUUCUGAAAAUGCUCACAGCAAUCUAGGUAGCCUAUAAUUAUUUAUAAUUUUUUAUAGGAGCUUCAUUAAUUAACCAAGGCAAAUUCACAGAAGGCCUUUAGAUAAUAAAAACGACAAUAGAGCUGAAUCCAAAAAAUGAGAAAGCCUAUUAUUUGAAAGGUUGUUAUUCCAAAUAAUUGAAGGCUUUGCACUAUAUAAAUUGGAUAAAUAUUAAGAAUCCUAAUAUGCCUAUGAAGAGGCAAUAAAAUUGAAUAAUCGCUGGGAUAACGCAUACUAAGGGAAAGGCAAUAAAUAUAUGUAAAUAUUCAAUAGGCAAAUCGUUACUUAAACUUAAUAAAUACAAAGAAGCCCUUUAAUGUUUCUAAACUGCAAUUAAUCUAAACAAAAAUAACGAUGAAGCUGUGGAGAACAAAGGUUGAAAAUUCCUUCAUUUUUUCUAGCUCUCUCUCUACAU